UGGGUUUCGACAAUCGAUUCUACCGGUAAACAAAUCAUUUUACUGCCCCUAUAACCAGAGAAGUCCAAGAAAACCCAAUAGCCACUCUUUAGAAUGGCCGAAGUAGUGCAAUCUGGCCCCGUUGAAUCUCAGGCCCGCCAUGUCGUAUAUUGCGGGGUUUGCACCCUGCCCCCGGAGUACUGUGAGUUUGGUGGGACGGCGAAGAAAUGCGAAGAAUGGCUGAAAGAGAAACAACCGGAACUAUACCAACGACUCCACUCUGAAGAAGCCAUCAGCGCUAAUUUAUCGACACUUUCUAUAUCUGCCCAGGAGCGUGCAGCGAAGGACGCUGCUAAGAAGGAGGCAAAAGCUGCUCUGGCAGAAGCACGCGACGCAGAGCGCAAGGCGGCCUCCAAGGUUCAAAUCAAGCGCGUUGAACGGAACAAACGCAAGCACGUCACAGUUAUCGCGGGCUUGGAAGUAUAUGGCCUGGAAAAUAAGAAGGUUGCCAAGGAUCUCGGCAAGAAAUUUGCAACAGGUUCUUCAGUGACCCGGUCUGCCGCGGGGAAUGAGGAAAUUACAGUACAGGGUGACGUGAGCGAUGAUGUCCAAUUCUGGUUAUUGGAGGUCUAUGGGAAGGAAAUACCAGAAGCGAAUAUUGAAAUCAUUGAGGAUAAGAAAAAGAAGGGAGGCGGUUAGCCAAUGAUGAAUCAUCUUUGGUUGACGGCGUAGACGCAUAAUGUACAAGUUCAGUGUUGCAUAUUGGGUAUCAUGUCAAUAGUAUACAAAAGUCUCGAUAGGUUGUCAAACGAAUUCAAGGCUGGCCUUGACAAGAAAGACGGAUCACGUUGAGCUCUAGGACUUUGGGAAUAUCGC